GGACAGGGUGGCUCCUCAGAGCAAGGGUGGCAGUCGGGCUGAGGGAACCUGCUCUGCCCAGCUGCCACUGCCCAGACCCCUGGAUCCCUCCCCAUGGCAGGGGAGACCUUCCCCUUCACCUCCUCCACCCUGCGCUCUCUCCGCCUGAAGCGGGAGUGGCUGGAAUGGGAGGACCGGCGGCGGGCUGCAGCCCAGCAGUACCAGAGCCAAAGGUGCCCCUCGAGUUCCCGGACCCAACUCACUCGGCCGCGCCGCUCCUGCCGGGACCCAGCUGUGCACAAUGCCCUGUUCUCCGGUGACCUGCAACAGAUCCAAGCCCUGUUCCAAGAUGAAGGCGCUGCCAACAUGAUUGUGGAGACAGUGAGCAACCAGCUGGCCUGGUCAGCUGAACAGGGGUUCUGGGUGCUGACCCCCAAAGCCAAGCAUACGACACCCCUCACCAUCGCUGCUGCCCGAGGCCACACCGACUGCGCCCGCUACCUGAUCCGGCGGGGAGCUGAGUUGGACGCCCGGGUUGGGGGCCGGGCCGCCUUGCACGAGGCCUGUGCCCGGGCCCAGUCCGACUGUGUGCGGUUGCUGCUGACCUUCGGCGCCAAGGUCAAUGUGUUGUCUGAGGAAGGCACAACACCCUUGCACCUCUGCACAACCCCUGAGUCCUUACAGUGCGCCAAGCAGCUGCUGGAGGCGGGAGGAACCGUGAACUUGGCGGUACAGGACAGCGAGGUGACGCCCCUGCAUGUGGCGGCGGCACGAGGCCUGGAGCAGCACGUGGCUCUCUACCUGGAGCACGGCGCCGACGUGAACCUGCGCACCAGCCAGGGCGAGACGGCCCUGAACGCCGCGUGCGCGGGGGCCGAGGGCCCGGGCAGCAGGCGGCAGCACCAGGCCGCCGUGCGCCGGCUCCUGGAAGCCGGGUCAGAUGCCCGGGCGGCAGGGCGCAAACGCCACACGCCGCUGCACAACGCCUGUGCCAACGGCUGCGGGGGCCUGGCUGAGCUGCUGCUGCACCACGGGGCCUGCGCUGCAGUUCCCAAUGGGGCGGGCGAAACGCCCAUGGACUGCGCGCUGCAGGCCGUCCAGGACGCCCCCAACUGGGAGCCCGAGAUCCUCUUUGCUGCCCUGCUGGACUAUGGGGCCCAGCCUGCGCGCCCUGAGAUGCUGAGACACUGUGCCAACUUCCCUCGAGCCCUGGAAGUCCUGCUUAAUGCCUACCCUUGUGUUCCAUCCUGUGAUACCUGGGUUGAGGCAGUGCUUCCAGAGCUGUGGCAGGAGCACGAAGCCUUCUACAGCUCGGCCCUGUGCAUGGUCAAUCAGCCGAGGCGGCUGCAGCACCUGGCCCGGCUGGCCAUCCGUGCUCAGCUGGGCAGCCGCUGCCGACAGGCUGCCGCCCGCCUCCCCCUGCCCCCGCUCCUCAGGGACUACCUGCUGCUGCGUGUGGAGGGGUGUAUCCAGUGAGCCCCGUGCCCAGCUGCUCCCAGAGCUUGUCCUGCCCACUCCGUCAGUUGUCCCCCGCAACCCUGGAGGACCAGUCCCUGGCUUCUUAUCCACACUCUGCAUGUCUGCUGGGGCCAGCUCAUCCCUCUAUUGGCUUCUUGAGCCACCCGCUGACCUCCAGCUCGACCUGAACUUCAGCUCCUCUCUCCCAUGGGAAGGUCUGCAGACUCAGCCUUUGUCCGCAUCUUCCUCCUUCGCCUAAGUGGAUGAUGGCCCCUCCAUCCAGGCAGGCCCCAAGCCGGGAGGAAGUGAUCCUUGUUGUCCCGAGACCUGCUACCCAUGUACCUGUUCAGACUCCUAAAGAGUGACAGCCUCUGCCUCUAGCAGUGCUGCCAAUGCCCGUCCUGCUUUUGUCACUUCAAGGGAGGACUUCACUGACUGGUCUUGAAACCCACGCCGUGCAAGGAUGUUGGGACGAUCUUUGGGAAUCAGAACUCUGAUGAUGCCCUUCAGUGGCUCCACACCACCUUCAGGCUAAAAUAAAAACUUAACAAGGCAGACAAACCUUCUAGCCCCUGCCUCCGCCAAGCUCCCUGGCCUCGUGAUCCGCCCUCUCUCUUCUAAGAUGCCUGUAACUCAGCCUUAGCAAACUAGUUACCGGUUGCUGGAUAUGACCUGCUCCCCUUUGCUUCCAGGCAUCUGCAUGUGCUGUUCCCUCUGCUUGGUCUACCCUUCCCACAUUUUUUUGCCCUGGUUGAAGCUGAUUUGAUCCCCAAGACUUGGCCUAAUAGCCCUCUUUCUGCAGAGCCUUCUGGGUGGUUGCACUGGGUGGUUUUCCUCACCCCUCAGUGAUGCACAGUAUCUUAAACUGUGGUCACCGCACUCAUGGUCUUUGAGGGUCUGUGACAGGAGGACCAGCCACCAGCUUUCCCUUCUUUCCCUCUCACUUCCUCCUCUGGUCCCAGAGUCAAAAGUACCACCAUUCAUCUUUAAGAGGAAGCUUUUUAGGCCAAGCCAGUUUUGGGGUUUUUUUGUUUUGUUUUGUUUUUGUUUUUGUUUUUGCAGUACACGGGCCUCUCACUGUCGUGGCCUCUCCCGUUGCGGAGCACAGGCUCCGGACGCGCAGGCUUAGCGGCCAUGGCUCACGGGCCCAGCCGCUCUGCGGCAUGUGGGAUCUUCCCGGACCGGGACACGAACUCGUGUCCCCUGCCUGGGCAGGCAGACUCUCAACCGCUGCGCCACGAGGGAAGCCCCAAGCCAGUUUUUAUGAAUGCAAAUAAAUGAUUUGUGCACAGAACAAAAGUGUGACUGUUAGGUUGAAAUGUGGCUGAGAUACCUAUCGCUCCAUGUUUAUUCCUCCUCUUUGUACUCUUCUGUGGUUCCCAGGUUUUCUGCACUGAGCAGUUGUUACUCUUGUGAUAGGAGAAAGAG